AUGUCUUCAGAUUCAGUAUUGGAAAAGAACAAUGCUCUGGCUGAUAAUGCCUCUAAAAGUAGCGAGUCACUUGCCAAUGAUAAUCAAAUCCCAACUUAUUUGGGUUUGAAAGGUCAAAAAUUGAACACUGCCAUUUCUACUAUGUGUGGUGUGGGUUUCUUAUUAUUCGGUUACGAUCAAGGGGUUAUGGGGUCAUUACUUACUCUUCCCGCAUUUCGUGAAGCUUUUCCUACCAUUGAUUUAGAACUUAAUCCUCAAAAUGAUACUUUACAAGGUUUUACCGUGGCAGUUUACGAGUUGGGUUGUAUGGCUUCUGCUUUAUCAACCAUCUAUUUAGGUGAUAGAUUGGGUCGUUUGAAAACAAUGUUAUUGGGGGUUGCAAUUAUGUUUGUUGGUGGUAUUUUACAAGCUGCUUCAGUUAAGUCAGUUGCAUUUUUAAUCGUAGCUAGAAUCGUCACUGGAGUUGGUAAUGGUUUUAAUACUGCAACGGUUCCUGUAUACCAAUCGGAAACGUCUAAAGCUCAUAAUAGAGGUAUGCUUAUUUGUUUCGAAGGUUGUUUGAUUACGUUGGGGAUUGCUAUAAGUUACUGGGUUGAUUUUGCCUUUUACUUCACAAAAGGUCAAAUUUCUUGGAGAUUUCCAAUUGCUUUCCAAUGUGUCUUUCCGAUGAUUAUGUUUCCAUUUAUUUUAAAGUUACCUGAAUCUCCAAGAUUAUUGAUGAGUAAAGGUAAUGUCCAUGAAGCAAGAAGAGUGUUUGCUUCUUUAUAUGAUGUCCCUGUUAAUGAUCACUUAAUUGAUGAACAAAUCCGUGAAAUUGAAGAAGUUUUGUCAAUUGAAAGACAAGCAUCUGCUGGUGGAAACAGUUCGCUUUUCUCUCAAGGUGAAAAAAGAAAUUUCCAAAGAACUUGUCUUGCAGCUUUUUGUCAAUUUAUGCAACAGAUUUGUGGUAUUAAUUUAAUCACUUAUUAUGCUGGUACUAUUUUUGAAGUAUACAUUGGAAUGCCUCCUUUAGAAUCAAGAAUUUUGGCCGCUUGUAAUGGGACUGAAUAUUUCAUAGCUUCCAUAAUAACCAUUUUCAUUAUUGAAAGAGUUGGUAGAAGGCCGUUAUUCAUAUGGGGUACAGCAGGUCAGUGUCUAACUAUGGUCUGCUUAAGUAUCACAAUUUAUCUUGCAAAAUAUAAAGAUAGUGAUAGUGCGGCAAUUGGUGCAGCCUUUUUGUUGUUUGCCUUUAAUACUUUUUUUGCACUUUCAUUACUUUCAUUAACGUGGUUGUAUUCACCAGAAGUUAGUUCUUUGACUUGUAGAGCUGCUACUUCUGGGGUUUCAACUGCCGCCAACUGGGUCACUAAUUUCUUGGUUGUGAUGAUCGCCCCAAUUAUGUUUCAAAGAAUUGAACAUUAUACUUAUGCAACUUUUGCUGUCAUAAACUUUUUGAUGAUUCCAGUUUUCUACUUCUUAUAUCCUGAAACUAAACGCAGAAGUUUGGAAGAAAUGGAUGUUAUUUUUACCAUGACUCCUAAAUGGCAGCCAUGGAAAUCAGUUCAAAUCGCUAGAACCUUACCUUACAUUCAUGCUGGUGCCGUGGAUGAUGUUGAGGCUAAAAUGAAGGAAUUCAUUGAACAUAGAGAAAUUUCCUAA